GCCAGGCUGUGUAUAUUUAUACCUAAAAGAAAAUAAAAUGAAUAAAGAAUAUGGGUGUGAAAAUAACCCUUGAGCAAGGAGGCUAUGUCAAAGAAAAGAAAAGAAAAAGCCAGCUAUAGGAAGCCAACAAAACAAGAGUAAAAAAAAAAAAAAUAAAAAAAAAAAAUUUGAAAGAGUUGGGUGGUGGUUACAAGUAUUAAUUUCGCUUACAAAAGUUAGCAAGCCUCUUUCCCCACAAAAACCUCAAUAUUUAUCUCCUAUUUUCUCUUCAUCUCCACACAGAAUACACACAAGAGAAAAGAGAGGAGAAACCACCCCCCAAAAAAAAAAUGGCCAUAGCCCAAGCCACUACUAGUGCCAUGGUUGUUGUUGUUGUUGCUAUGUUGAUGUCAUUUUAUGGUGUAUCAGCACAUGAUGCACCAAUAGCUGCCCCGGCACCGGGACCGUCGUCGACAGACUGCUUCACGGUGGUGCUGGGAUUGGCAGAUUGCCUGAGUUAUGUGCAAGAAGGGAGCAACGUGACUGUGCCGGACAAGCCAUGUUGUCCGGAGCUCAAAGGGCUGGUUGACAACAAUCCCAUAUGCCUUUGCUACUUGCUUGCUAAUUCAAACAGUUUGGGUGUUCCAAUUGACACCAAGAGAGCUCUCAACCUUCCUUCUGUCUGUAAAGUUACCACUCCUCCUCCUAGCUUAUGCUCUCUUGCUGGGUACCCAGUGCCAGGUCCUGUCUCCUCUGAAAUUGCCUCACCUGGUCCACAGCCAUCAGAAGGGUCUGUUUCCUCUCCUUCACCUGGAGCAACAUCCAAAAAUGACAAUGGAGCCUCAUCAAAUGCUGCAUCGUCUGCUAUGGCUUUGCUUAUUGGCUUUGCAAUCGCCUUUCUUCCCAAAUUCUUCUGAUUUUUUUUUUUUUUAAAUAUAUAUAUGUUCUGGAAUGAGUUUCUGCAUUUUUAUUUUAUUUUAAAAUUUUCAUUUAACCCAUUGAUUUGAAAAAACAGAUAGUCUUCUCUAUAUGUUUAGUGACGAUAAUUAUAGUUAUAUGUAGGAGUUUCUCGAUAAUUAUUUAUUUAUGCAAUUCUGGAAAACUUUCAGGUCAAA